UUUCUCUAAGAAAAAGAAUAGUCAGUGUCGGCAGCAAAAGAAUAUUAACCUCUAAGUAACAAUGUAAUAUCAUGGUUCUAAAACAAAUGGUUCCUACCACAGUUUUGAUUUGUGUACUCUCAUAUUGUGAUCAAUUUAUGUAUUCAAUAAAAUUUGUUUCAAGGUUUCUGAACAUAAUAAGUACAUCCAUGAGCCCGUCAUUAGUUCAUUCCUACAAACCAGAUGUGUGAAUGUUUGUAGAAUUUGAAAAAGACUAAAAAUGUAUUUUUCUCUUUAAUUUUCAAAGAACCAACACACAUUAUUUCAAAUUGUUUCAUUAUAUUCAUCUUCAAAUAAUGUCAAAUAUAAUCAUGAGGUUGUGACUGAUCAUUCUACUGGAUCAUUCUAAAGAUUGGAAAAUGUUUUAUGAACUCCAGCUCCAAUAACCCCAUGUUGGUUUAGAGAUUAUGGAAGCUGCUGUCAAAAAUAUUAACUUUUCCAAGCUCUGGAUAAUUUUCAUACAGGUUUAACCUGACUCCUCCUUUAGAAAAUGUGAGUCAUGCUAAAUAGGUUGUUGUGAGUUUUUCGGCUUGUAUGGCCAUGUUCCAGAAGCAUUCUCUACUGAUGUUUCCCCCACAUCUAUGGCAGGCAUCCUCAAAGGUUGUGAGGUGUUGAGAACUAAGCAAGUGGGGUUUAUAUAUCUGUAGAAAGAACUCGUGUGUUAAUGUAGUAAUUGCCUAUUGAUUAGCAUUCAAUAGUCUGGCAGCUUCAAAGCCUGGCUGUUUCCUGCCUGGGGGAAUCCUUUGUUGGGAGGUAUUAACUGGCCCUGAUGGUUUCUUGUCUGGAAUUCCCCUGUCUUCUGAGUGUUGCUCUUAAUUUACUGUCCUGAUUUUUUAAGAGUUUUUUUAAAUACUGGUAGCCAGAUUUUGUUCAUUUUCGUAGUUUUUUCCUUUCUGUUGAAAUUGUCCAGCAUUUCUGUGUUGAUGAACCAACCUGAUGAACCAACCUGGACACAGCAUAUUAUUUGAGAACACAGAAAUGCUGGACCACUCUAACAACCACCAUAUCAGACUACACAGAGAAACCACUGAAAUCCACAAGCGUGUGGACAUAGUUUCCAACACCUCACAACCUCUGAUGAUUCUUGCCAUAAAUGUGGGCGAAACGUCAGGUGAGAAUGCUUCUGGAACAUGGCCAUACAGCCCGGAAAACUCACAACAACCCAGUAAUUCCAGACAUGAAAGCCUCCGACAACUCAUGCUAAAUGAAUUUAAAUCUACAUACUUCUGGCUGUGCAUAUAAUUCCAGUAACACAAAUAGAGCAAGUUCUUUUUAGCUGGGAAAUCAGACAAAAGUGGUAAGUCUAUGGGACCCACAUUUCAGCAGCAGAUGGCGGCAAUAUGAAGGAUAGGGUGGACAGGGCCAAACCCAAGUAGGCUGAAAUAGAUGCAGAUGAUCUGGAUUUUAUAUGGCAGUGUAGAAGGGGCCUUAGGGUCACUAUAAGACAAAAACAACUUGAAGGUACAGAACAAAGCAACUUCCUACCUUGGAAGCUGGGUUUUAAUCACUUGAUUCCCUUACAGCUGUUUACCUGUAAAUAGCUCCAACUUAUCUAUAAGUAAUGUGACUUACUUAUAGAUAAGCAUACAUAUUAUUGCAAUUUAAAUUCAGUUAAGACAACUUAACUUUCUUUCCUCCGCAUUUGCCUUAGGGGCACUGUAGUCCGAACUUACAUCAAGGUACAAAAUAACAAUAGCAGGCUAAUUCUUAAAGUUUGCAUACUUCCUUAUCUCCAGUCAGAGGAAACUUGCAGCUGAAUGUAAAAGCCCACACUUAACAUAUAAAUGGUUUGAAUAAUGCUACAUCCUUGAAGUAGAAGGUCCUCCUGCUUUAAAGCAGCAGCCUUCUUUUGCAUUUUUAGCUUCCUAAGUCGGAGUCAGUGUUUAAUAAAAAGAGGCGACUUCCUGAAUUUUCAAACUUUUUUUAAGCAAAGAGAUAAACAAAAUGUUCAAAUAUCAACCUGAUUAUUUAAAGGACUUUGGUGACUUAACAUGCUGCAUAAUACCUUUUAUUGGCAAGUAAAAAGGCUUAAAAAGUAACUAGAUGCAUUCUAGUGUUCAAAGUUCAGCAUUAAGCUUUAUAUAUUAUUUUGAGGGAUUCCAGUCAUCAACAGAGCUUGUUAAUUUGUUUGAUGUGUAUUGAUUUUCAAGGAUUUUUUUAAACUUGCGGCAAUAGUAGCUUUGCAGGUCAUGGAAGGACCAGAACUGCCUGGGUUGUUGGUAAACGAAGUAGGUGGCAUACUCGGGAUCUUGGAAGCACACUUGCCAUUUCUGAAGAAGCACUUUCACCUGAUCACCAUGAAAGAAUUCCUUGAGAGCAAAGAACGUUUCAGUGCCAAAGUCAAGGCUAUUUACGUCUGGUGGCACAAACCAGUCAUUGAUCGGGAACUUUUGGACAGCCUGCCUGACUUGAAAGUGAUUGCAAAUUCAGGAGUAGGAAUGGAUCACUUGGAUCUGAAACUGAUCUCUGGAUAUGGAGUGAGAAUGGCCAAUGCUCCUCAUGCUGUGUGCAGCAGCACAGCAGAUAUUGGCAUGGCUCUUUUGCUAACAGCCGCUAGAAGACUAAUUGAAGGUUGUCAGAUUGCUGUUUCCCCUGAUACUAAACAUUUCUCUAGUAAUUGGCUAGGAGAAGAUGUUACUGGUGCGACUCUGGGCAUCAUUGGAAUGGGCAGCAUUGGCUACAAAAUAGCUCAAAGAGCCAAAGCUUUUGAGAUGAAAAUUCUUUAUCACAACAGGAACAGAAGAAAAGAAGAUGAAGAACGACUUGUGGGUGCCUGCUAUUGUCCUAAAAUAGAAGACUUGCUCCAGGAGUCUGACUUUGUCAUGGUAGUGGUCAGUCUAACACCUCAGACGUACCGACUAAUUGGGAAGAAGGAGCUGGAGCUGAUGAAGCCCACAGCUACUCUCAUAAACAUAUCUAGAGGUCCAGUCAUAGACCAAGAUAUGCUUGUGGAAGCCCUUCAAAGUGGUAUCAUUAAGGGUGCAGUCAUGGAUGUUACUUAUCCUGAACCAUUGCCCAGAGAUCAUCCGCUGUUAAAAUUAAAGAAUGUUAUCAUAACACCUCACCUUGGUGCCAGGACAACAAAAACUGCCUUUAUGAUAACAGAGGAAGCAGUAGCAAAUAUACUGGCUGCUCUUAAUGGUCUCCCAAUGCCCAAUGAAGUGCUCCCUGGUUAAGCAUGCUGGAUAUCAUCACCCAGAAUACAAAUUUAUCCUACAUUUUUUCCUAGUAUAAUAGGGAUAUUGAUUCAGUAUUGAUCUCACAUAUAUAAACAUUCCUUAAUUAACCUUUGAAAAGGAAGCUCCUGUUACUAAUACUUUUUUUUUGCCUAACCAAUCCCCUUUUCUCUUUGUCAUCUGUACAGAUAAAGAAAUCUUUUAUCUGCAUUGGCAUUGAGAAAUGGUGAAGAAGGGCUGGAAAAAUGUAAAUGUUCAAAAUUGGGUUAUAGCAGUAUGCCUUCAGUAAACAGUACAAUAAAGAAUGGGAUUAUUCUCAGCCA